AAUGUUGUAGCAAUUGUUGGAGAUAUAACUCCAUCCGAUGGUGUGCCUAAGGCUGAGAAAAGCAGACGUGAGCGAGCUGCCUUGAAUGAAAUGUGCAAAAUUCUUGGCGGAGGGAUGAGAGCUGAAGAGAUUAAAGAACUGUGGCAAGAGUAUGAAAAUAAUGCUUCAUUGGAGGCCAAUCUUGUAAAAGAUUUUGACAAGGUUGAAAUGAUUCUGCAGGCAUUGAAAUAUGAAUCAGAACACGGAAAGGUGCUGGACGAGUUUUUCCUUUCAACUGCAGGAAAAUUUCAAACAGAAAUAGGAAAAAGCUGGGCUGCUGAAAUCCAUUCCCGGAGAAACUCCAGAUUGGAAAAUAGACUCUGAUCCUUAUUUAUAUUUUGCAUUUAUACAGUCUUUGCGCCUUCUUUCUUCAAAUAACUGAGAGAUAGUCUAAUGUGUUCCUAUAAUCGGAGAGUAAAAAUGUACUCGCUUCUUGUUCAGCUAAGCUCAGAUUAAGCUGAACGGUCGAAGUAAAAUUUAGGUAGGAGAUUCUGUAAUAGGGAUAUACUUACCUGUUGCAUGCACUGCGUACGUGUAAGUUCUUUUUCCCGAACUAUUUUGCUUCUCUUGACAA